AUGCACUUCACACCUACUUGUGUGGCUUCAUUGGUCAUCCUUUGGGCGCUCCUUGCGGGUGCUACGGGGAGCCCGAUUAGCGUGGCCAACGUGGACUUCUGUCGGGGUGACUGCGUCGAGAACAUGGGCGUCCCGCAGUGUGCCAGUGGAGUCCUCUUCACGAGCCGAAUCGGUGCGUGUGUCACGGGCCAGUUCAAGGAUUCGACCGCGAAUAUCUUUACCAGCCUCGUGGUCCACCCCGUUGCGAACUCGUCCAACUACGCGCUGGACUUCUACAGCGCCUAUGAGUGCCGCAUUCUCCUACAGACCAACGGACCCUUCAUUGUUCGCAAUGUAACGGCUUCUCCCCGUGGCGAAAAUGCCCCCAUUCGGCUCAACUGA